ACGGGCUCUGUUUCGCGUGCGCACAGCUGAGCCAAUCAGGACGCAGCGAGGGACGGUUUGAGUUCAAAAUCGAAGCUGUGGAGAGUUGUGUCAAAAAAGCGCCGACGACCGGAGGGGUGUUUGCUUUCAAGAGGACUUUGAGCUAACAGUUACAUAUUUUCACUCGCAUUUUGUAAUUUUGUUAUUAGUGGAAAUGUCGAAGAAACAGAUUUACUACUCUGAUAAAUACGCCGACGAAGAAUAUGAGUACAGACACGUCAUGCUGCCGAAACAGCUGUCAAAAUUGGUGCCAUCUUCCCAUUUGAUGUCAGAGGAGGAAUGGAGAAGCCUAGGCGUUCAGCAGAGCCAGGGUUGGGUCCAUUAUAUGAUUCAUAAGCCAGAACCGCACAUACUGCUUUUCCGAAGACCACUUCCUAAAGAAUGAGAUGAAAA